CCACAUGCCACUAUUCAAAGGCAAUUCGGAGGCUACAUGGCAUCAUUCGAAGGCAAUUCGGAAGCCAUAUGACACGACUGUAGGCAAUUGAGAGGCCACGUGACAGAAUUCGAAAGCAAUUCGAAGGCCACGUGCCACUAUUCAGAAGCAAUUCGGAGGCCACAUGACACGUACCGCUCCGCGAUUUUUCUUACUCGACUCCGACGACUCUUAGCACCGACGCACCAAUAAAUUACACAGCCGCGGAACCAUCAAAGAGAAAUUCACAGCAACCCGAAAUUUGGCAUUUCCGGGAGAAAUUGCUGUACCCCGCUCUUAUCGGGCUUUCCAUUUGUCGGGCGUGUGGCGUGUACCGUUAACGAGAUGGCGACGCUCGCGGCCAGUUGUGCUCGAAAGGUCGGUCGACGUGCUAUUUCGAAGCCGAGAAAACAUCGGAAAACGUGGAGCGAAAACAAAGUUGCAUCGGUAAGGUAACACCGGGCGAUUAACGUUGCUGUCCAUACGAAUCUGGUCGCUCUGGCAGCGGUCCCCGCCGUCGCCGCGAGUAUUAAUAACUCGCGCGAUACCGCGAGAAAGUUAUCGAGCACGGUGAAUUCUUAGUUAAACGCUAAAAUGCUCCGGUCGACGACGUUUUCGAUCGGUGAAAGUAGAAUUCUUCCUUCGGCGCACGGUCCCGGCGCGGCGUUCCGAUCCUUCGCACUUUCGCGCCGAUUCACCCCUCCGCGCGCGUUCCUAUCUCUCCUAUACUCCACGUACAAUGUAUAAUGUAUAAUGUAUAAUGUAUAUAACGCAUAACGCGCAUACAGCAUAUAAUGCGCGCGAUACCCGCUCGCAUGUCAUGCAUGCAUGCAUGCGUAACUGCAUAGACGGGCGCGCGCGCGCGCAACGUCCGAAACUAAAGAAAAAUCGAGAUCGAGAUUUUAUUUACCGGAUAGGGUUAAUCGAGCGCGUCGCGACUUCCGGCGCGUUCGAAUCUCCGCCUUGCUGGACUCUCGAGCCGCGGCCGCUCGAAAUUUCCGCGGCGCGAACGAUGCGCGCCGCGCGUCGCGGCAAAGUUUGAUCGAUGCCGUCGCGUACGACGCGUACGACGACGACGACGCCGCGGCGACGUACAUCGUCGUGAGAAGAUGUCGCGAAAGGGGGUUAAGUGCCCGCUGGGGUGGACGCUGCACGCCGAAAAUAUCGAGGAUGUGGAACGCGUGAGGCUCGACGCCGGGACGCAACGGGAACUGGGUUGCGUGGUCGGAGAACACGUGUUCCUGGAAUACCCGUGGGCGUACGUGGACAGAGCGGCGGUCGCGCGUGUCGCCAAAGAGCCGACCUCCUCGUUGGCACCGUUCAGAGACAGGAUCGCGGCCUACGAAGCCGACGACGCGUUCCUCGUCGGCUACGCCUCGACGCGGCUGCUGUCCGACGAGUUCGCGAUCUGUCUGACGGUGCAGGCGAGACGCGUGGUCGCCGAACGGAACGGGAAGGUCGCGAGAGCGAUCCGUGACAGAGCGAUCGGCAAAACGAGGAAGAAGCCCGGGACGGCGUGGAGAUCGUUGGGCAGCGAAUCGGAAGUGGACGAGGCCCGCGUCGCCGGCGAAAGGCAGCCGUUCGAGAUCGAGAUCGUGCUGCCUGGAACGGCUGUGGGCGCCGCUCGGAAAUUAUGCGACCGAGGCUCGGAGGAUCGCCGGGACAGCUAUUUGCAGCUCUUGAGCGAGCGCGAGGACUUCGAGAACGUCGAGAGGAAGCUGAUUUCUCGGUCCGUGCAGACGCACUCGCGGCCGCGGGAGGGUUACGUUCAAACGUAUCGCGGGUAUCUGAAGAACGCGUGGACGCAGUACGCGUACGAGGACGGGCUGAUCGGUGAGCCGAACCCGGACGAGGACCCUGAGGAGGGCGUCGAGUCGAGGACAGAAUCGGAACGGAACGACGACGAGCGGUCCCGCGGCAGAAGCGAUGGCCGCAGCACGGCGAGUGACGACGAGCUCCGGGAAAAGACGCCGCUGGAUUUAUUUCUGGAGGCACGCUCGGCCGAGAUGAUCGACGUCGUGAAGUACAACGCGGCUGUUAACCUGCACGUGGACGACAUAGAGAAUUUGUCGCGGCGAGGGAAACAUGGCGGCGACGUUGAGGCCGUCGUCGCAGAGGCGGCGCCGAUGUUUCGCGAGCUGGUGUCGUUCGUCGAUCCGAACCUCGCGGAGAACAGAGCCGUUUCCGACAUUUCUUUGCACCCGCGAACCACGGACUGCGUGGCCAUCUCCUACGUCGCCGGGCCCACCGGGCCCCGUUCGUUCAGGCCGAAAAGGUCCAGCGUGCUCGUUUGGAGGUUCGACGAUCCGCUGGUUCACAGUCUGGAGCUCGAGCAUCGCCGAGAGAUUUCCUCGGUCUCGUUCUGCCCGCACGACGACCGCGUCGUGAUAGGGGGAUGCUCGACCGGUUUGGUGAUCGUCUGGAACAUCGAGGAUCGAUCGCACGGCGACCGGAAGAUCGAUUUCACCGGACCGAGCCGCGAGAAGCCGCCGGUGGUUCGCGCCUCGUUGCUCUCCGACGAACGUUUCUCGCACCGCCUCGCCGUCCGGCGGAUCGAGUGGCUGCCGGUCGAAUGCAGAAUAGGACCGGCCGAAACCACGGACAAACAAUUCCUAACCGCCUCGGAGGACGGCACGGUGUCCGUCUGGAAUCUUCCUUCUGUCCGGAGCGGUUCUCGCGCGUCCGACGACGGCGAUUCCAUCGAUUUCCGGCCGACCUUUCGCCUCGCGGUCGGCGUCUCCGCCGAGAAACCGCGGAGCUUCGGCUUGCUGUCGAUUUGCCUGUCGAGUUUGCCUGUCGGAGAUGCCGGUGAACGCGACGAAAAUCCGGCGGAGCCGUAUUCGCGGCUGAACGCGGAGGAGAACGGUCGCAGGAGAUGCUUGUGGCUCGGCUGUGCGGAUGGAUUGGUCCGAUGCGGCUGGGACGAACAGAUGGUCGCCGCCGGCGAAACCUCGAGCAUAGCGCAGUGCGAGCUUUUGAGCAGCUCGUACGUACACGACGGUCCCGUUACGGACAUUCUGCGGUCCCCGCGGCACCGGGACGUUCUUCUGACGAUCGGCGGCCACGUCUUCGCGAUUUGGAAGGACGACUACCCGAGGUCCCCCUUGUUUUGGCGGCGGACCGGUCGCCGGUACACGGCCGGCUGCUGGGCCAGCGGACCCGGCGUUUUUCUGCUCGGCGAUCGACGGGGCGAACUCGAGCUCUGGGACAUCGGGGACCGGCCGAGCGAGCCGAUCUUCGCGCGGAUCGUGUCCGCGGCGCCGAUCGCUCGGCUGGUCGCGAUGAAUCGCUUCGUUAACGGCGAACGCGUCGACACGAUCGGCGUGGGCGACGCGGCCGGAUUUUUCCGGGAGUUUGGGGAACGGGACGUCGUGGUCGGUCGGGGCGAUACCUUGGAAAGGAUGGAGCGGUUCGAGGAAUACGCGCGGAGGGAGGCGCGGAGGAAGAAGCUUUUCGACGGCUGGCAGGACGAUUUCCUCGCGAACGAUCCGGACGUUGUGGCGAGGCGGUCGGCCAGGUGCGAGGAGGAACGGAGAAAGGAGCUGGAGGAGGCCAGGACGAGGCUGCGGAAGGAGGACGAGGAACGGGCGAGAUCGCGAGCGGAGAAGCGUGCCCGCGCGGCUCCGAAAUCCGCGGACGCUGUGUGGAGAACGAAGGAGUUCCGCCGGACGAAGGCUGUUCUGUUGGGGAAGAAGAAUCUGGAUCCGGCCGAUUUGGAAAGGAAACGGCUCCCUCUCGUUCUCGCGAACGCGGAGAGGGACGCGAAACUGAGGAGAGCCCGGGACCGGGGCGAGCUCGCGGAAACGUACCUCUCGAACGCGUUGGCCGCGGAAUUCUCGGGACAAUUUCGAUCGAUGAACGAUACAUCGGAGACCGGCGAGACCACGAUUCGGUUGGCGAAGUCCGUCGACGAGUUCGCGAAGGAAUUUAUGGCGAUACGGGAGAAAGCUUCGCGAACAUUGGCGGAAUGUUCGCGAGCGCCGCUGUGAAUCAUCGGACAGGGUAGAAUUGUCGCUCGAUGUCGCGAUCGUUAUUACUAGACCGUGGAUCUUUAUGCAAUAUAAAUGUUGUCCGAGUCGAUUUCAAGACAUCACAGAGCCAAGUGCAGCAAUUCUUCUUUCUUAAAUUAUUUUCAUCGGAAUUGAGAGAUCUAGAUCCUCGGUUGCUCUCGAUCUUUUCGAUAUUUUACGUUUUACCUAUUUAUUUUUUCUUUUUUUGCUGUGAAUGCAUAAAACCUGCAGUCUAGUUAUUACAGUCCGCAGAGAUUUAUCGUAUUAAUAUAAGGAAUUAUAUCUAAUCUCUGUAUUUUUUACUUUUGUAAUCUUUCCUUUCUUUUUAUAUCUUUUGUUCCGCAAUUUUACAAGUAAUGGAUAACUUCCUAUAUACAUUAAAUGAAUAAAUAAGUAAUUUGCGAGCGAGUAUAUAAUUGGAAAAUUUCUGAUUGUUUCA